AUGGGUGGGAAGCCGGUUUGCAUGCAAACUCAAUUCAAAUAUGAUUUCAUUUCGGGUUCUAUGGGUGACGAAAGUCUCGAUGCAUCGGAUAUUGAUAUUAUAUUGAAAAUAGACGAUGUUUUAUCUGAAGAUGAUUUGAUUCCAACUGAAGAAGCUUUGUUCGUUCGUGUCAAGUGGAGAGAAGGCACAUGCCUAAUCCCUUAUUAUGGUUUUGAUCGGCAAGGUAAUCCAUGUAUCAAUGGUUUUCAAAUGAAACAACGGCAGUGUGAAAUUGAUCAAUCAGCUGUAGUAUUUAAACAAAAUUUACAAGUAUCAGUUGAUAAGGCGAACGUUUUACUAAAGCCAUUGUUUGAGCCUACACCUGUCGCCAACUUAGUAAAAGCAUUUCCCGAAACACUCAAAUCAAUUGAAUUGACAAUGUCGUCGCCGCAAAAACGAACUCAUUUUCGAUUAUUAUACGAAGAAAUAUUUGACAAACAACUGAAAGGUCAUCAUUGGAAAUCGGACAAAGAGCUAUUCCAGUUGCCCAUUCUUCUAAUGGGAUCGGCUUUUGGUUACUCACUGUCGAAACGAUACAAACAACAACUGGGAGCAUUUAUUGAUUUCUAUUCUCGACAUCGGCAUUUCGUGAAGGGCGAGUUUUCAACGAAAUAUCUGCAAGAUAUCAUGGAUAAAAUAUCAAACUAUGAUUGUGAUAUUAUUUUUGCCAUCCGGCUCAACUUUUGGCCGAAGGAUUUACAACCAUUUCUCAAACGAUUUCAGAAAAGUAAACUUGCCGAUCGAGUCCAUCAAGAAGUGGGACCCAGUAAAUGCAUGAAGUAUGAGAGGUGGACUCUUGGGAAGAAAGUCGAGGCGACAUUUCUGCAUUUGGUACCCAAGUGGUCUGCGAAGACACCACUAGAGGAUCGAGAGUAUGAGUUUAGAUAUUCGUUUUCAGCUAUUGAACAUCUGAUAGCCAAAUCCCGAUCACCCUCAGAAAGACUGCUUGGUAAAAUCGCUCGAAACAUUUACAAUAAGUAUUUAAAAGACGAUAAAUCCGAAAUAACGUCAUACUUUGUUAAAACGAGUGUCCUCUGGAUGUGUGAAACGACUGAGUUGGAUAAUGAACCUGAAGUUUUGGCAACUCUAUGGAUUAGCCACGUGUGCGUUUUGUUAAAGCAAGGUCAAUGUUCUCACUACUUUAUGGAUAGUGUCAACAUAUUAGAAUCAUUGACGAAAGAAUCGUUUGAAAAAGCCGUUCACAUCCUUGAAGGCAUUAAAGAUUUGAAUGACUGCAUAAAUAUGAACGAUUCGAAGCCAACUGUGUUUGAUGAAAACCUUCAUCAAAUGGCAGUAUUUCGUGAUUGGAUUGAGCAGAUAAAAAUUUCUGAUCUUUUGUCAGCCCACAAAGAUUGGAUUCAAAUGACACAGCAAUUUGGAUUUGGAGUAAUCGACCAAGUAUCUAAUCCGUUUGCUAGUUUGGGUUUAUUAUUUGGAUUUGCCAUCAUAGACGGUCCUGACGGCAGCAACAACGUGUCAGAAUGGAAACGCUUGUUUAUUGAUCGUAAUAAUUCAGAUCAAGACGAUGAUUUCGUUCGAAACUGGUGCGAGCAACACGAGAAAAUGUCGGCAGAAGCCGGUCUUCUCAAUAGUUUAAUGUUCUCCUGGAUGGGCCUUAUUACCGUGAAUGACUAUUUGAAUCGGUUGUCUUCGUCAACGACAGAUGAAUUUUUAACAAUAACGCAAAAUAAUAAUUUCGGCUUGUUUAUCAGAAUUUGCGAUGCACUAGGCACAUGUAAACUGUUCUCAUUAAGAAGAGACGAACUCUUCGCUACAGCUGGUAAUACAGUAAAAGAGCUGCUAGAAAAUCCACAUGUAUCGGCUCUUAUGUCAUCUAUUGCUGCACAACGAACCAAAGAAAAAGAAAAUGAAGAAGCAAUGGACAAAGCAAUAAGAGAUGAUUAUCAAGAAGAAGAACAACAAUAUUUAGAUGAUUCAAUACUUGCUGCAGCUAUUCAAGAAUCUAUAGAACGAGUACAAGAAGAGCAUUAG